AUGGAUAGGAUGAGCCCCCUAUUCGUCGAGAUCCACGGAACCAUCCCUGCUACUGAGGGAGACUUUCGGAUAAUCAUAGAGAAACAUGCCAGAUUAGAAGAGAUUCAACAAGAAAAUCCCAGAGCUCAAACCCAAAGGACCCCACGGACCAACUCCGUGGAACAAUCCAGCGGGUCCAAAAGAGGUGGUUCAGAUGAACGACCUGGCGAAAACAAAAGAGAACGAAGAGAUGAUCGUCGAUGGGAUGACCGUAAGUUCGAAGACCAGGUCUACACGAAGUUAAAUACCAUCUAUUCGCGCAUCUUGAAGGAAAUCAAGGGUCGGGAUGAUCUCGAUUGGCCAUGGUCCAAGGGAAAGCAACCCCCAAGAUCUGAGAAGUCUAGAGAAUACUGUGAAUAUCACUGUUUCAAUGGUCACCAAACAGAGAAGUGCAAAAAUCUCAAGAUAAUGAUUCAGAAGCUGAUUGAUGCAUGGGAUCUUAAGCAGUAUGUACAGAAGGCUGACACCGAAGAUAGGGGAAAACGAAGCAGGCAAGUCCAGCUGCCUGAAGGAAACCACCCUGUUAACACCAUCUCAUGUUCUGAGACCACGAGGCCAUCCCUAACUGCCCAAAUAGGGAAAAGAUUGAGGAAGCAAUUUGAAGACUGUUGUGAGUUGUACAAAAUCGAUGGAAUAGAAGUGGACGAACAUGAGCAUUGGAUGGACGCACCCAUGGUUUUCGACGCUGAGGAUGUCGAAGAAGAUAUGGAGGAUCACAACGAACCUCUAGUUCUCACGCUACCAGUAGCAGGGUACAAUAUCAAGAAGAUCCUCAUCGAUGGAGGGAGCUCAGUCAAUGUUCUGUUCUAUGAUACAUUCAAACGAUGGAACUUAAUGACGAACAACUGUUAUCUUCGUACUAUACCAUCUACGGGUUCAACGGAGCAACCACGAAUCCACUCGGAGACAUUGUCUUGCAAGUGGACGCAGGGCCAAUGA